AUGUGGCCCCUGCCCGCUGUGCUCACUUCCCUGACCGUGGCCUUGUCAGGAGGCAUCUCUCAGGAGUAUCCCAAGAUCCUCAAUGGCACCAAUGGGACCAGUGGGUUUCUCCCAGGUGGCUACACCUGCCUCCCUCACUCUCAGCCCUGGCAGGCAGCCCUACUAGUGCAAGGGCGGCUACUGUGUGGGGGCGUCCUGGUCCACCCCAGAUGGGUCCUCACUGCAGCACACUGUCUGAAGGACGGGUACAGAGUCUACCUGGGCAAGCAUGCCCUGGGGCGUGUGGAGACCGGCGAAGAGGUGAGGGAGGUGGUCCGCUCUAUCCCCCACCCUGAAUACCAGAUCAGUCCCACCCACCUGAACCAUGACCACGACAUCAUGCUUCUGGAGCUGCAGUCCCCGGUCCAGCCCACACGCUUCAUCCGUGCCCUGCCCCUUUCCCAUGAGGACUGCCUACUCCCUGGCACCUGCUGUCGGGUGUCUGGCUGGGGCACAACCACCAGCCCCCAGGUGAGUUACCCCAAAACCCUACAAUGUGCCAACAUCCAGCUACGCUCAGAUGAAGAGUGCCGUCAAGUCUACCCAGGGAAGAUCACUCCCAACAUGCUGUGUGCUGGCUCAAAGGAGGGUGGCAAGGACUCCUGUGAGGGUGACUCCGGGGGCCCCCUGGUCUGUAAUGGAACUCUCCAUGGCAUCAUCUCCUGGGGAGACUUCCCAUGCGGGCAGCCCAACCGGCCUGGUGUCUACACCCGAGUCUCACAAUACGUCCCUUGGAUCCAUGAAACAAUCCGAAAACACAAAACGCUGGAGCAGAAAUGGACAAAGGACCCGUGA